CCGUGCCUCGUCCAUCCAUCCCCACCCCACCAAAUUACGCACUUCGAUCCAUUGUUCAACCGGGAGCUCUCAACUCUGCCUACGCCAAGCUUCGAAACCGAGACAACUCUCACCCUGACGACGACGACGACUUGACCGGUUCUUCUGUCGACACACACACAUCACAUACACAUACACAUACACAAUGCUUAGCUCAACAGCAACAACGAUGCUCCGCGCGGGCGUCAGCCGGUCCUCCGGCGCCCUCCAGCCCAUGCUCCUCCGCAGCGCCGCCUGCCCCUGCUCGCCCUUCUCCAUGAACACCAAGCUUUCACAACCAACCUCUGUGCGCCCUCUCUCGACGUCACCUUCUGCCCUCGUCCUCCGUUUCCGCGCCCAACAACAAGCCCAGCUGGCCCAACAGCAGCUUCGUAGGGCUUCUUCUUCUUCCUCCUCCUCCUCCUCCAGCACCCGCCCGCGCUCCGAUGCCGAGCUCGACGCCAACGCCGCCGAAGCCGCCGCCGCGGCGCAAUCAGCCGCCCAUGCCGGGGAGCCCGUGCUGGACUGGAACACCUUUUUCAAGCUGCGCAAGACCAGGCGGAGGGUGCAGCUGGCCUUUAGUGUGAUCAUGACGCUGAUCACGUCGGGGGCCGGAGGCGCGGUUCUGAGCACGGGUGUGGCCGACGCCAUGGUGGCGCAGGUGCCGCUCGAGCCCAUGUUUGCAGUCGGCCUGAUGACGGCCAGCUUCGGUGCGCUGGGGUGGCUGAUGGGGCCUGCCAUGGGCGGCAUGGUGUUCAACGCGCUGAAGAGCAAGUACAGAGGUCAGAUGGAGAUCAAGGAGGGCCAGUUCUUUGCGAGGAUCAAGAAGCACCGUGUUGAUCCUAGCGCUAGCUCUAUGGGUAACCCUGUUCCCGAUUUCUACGGCGAGAAGAUCUCCAGCGUUGCUGGCUACAGACAAUGGCUCAAGGACCAGAGGGCCUUCAACAAGAAGCGCACUACCUUUGUUUGAGCGUAUCGAUCGGGCAAUAGUGAAAAUGAGUUGUGCUUAACAUCUGGGAAGCAGCUAGGGAUGAAAAGGAAUGACAUGAUGACUUGAUGUCAGGUCGCGUGGUAUGCACGAGGAUAGAUACCGCAGGGGCAUUCGUCCGGGACAUGAGGACUGAUUAGGUCUAUGUCACCACAGAACCAUUUUCUUCCGUGCUUGGUCUCCCCCACAGACAUGGAGAUUUGUGUUCAAUAUAUAAAUAUGUAAAUAUAUAUUUGGUAUCUCUUGGUCGUCGCGAAGGACCUCGCCGCCGAAGACUUGUAUCCUGGACUCCAUCUCGUCAAAAGACAGGACACACUGUGGUUAUAGAUACGGGAAACUUGGAUCAACCUGCUCCUUCCAAGCCUUCAUUCCCCCGGCAAUAUCCACAAUCUUCCUGCUCCCUCCAUUAUCAAGCCCCAUCUCCUUCAACUUUUCCACCGCCUCCUGCGAGUCCAGCCCUCUUCUACAGACCACGUAUAUGGGAAUGUCCUUGUCUCCAUGUCCGUCGCGGACCUGGAUUUCUGGCGGUAGAAUAUCUCCUACCUUGGGAGUCUCCCCGCUCCGUUUCAACUGUGCAGCCUUGCUCAAUAACUUACCAAAUGGCAGAUUAACUGCCCCCUCGAUGCUCCCAAAGCUAAAAUGUUCCUUCUCCCUCGUAUCCAGCACCACAUACUUCUUUCCUUUCCCAUUGCCGUCCUUUCCUUGUACCCUUUCCACAAACUCCCUUGGCGUGAUCCUCUCCUCCUCUGACAACACCCCCUUUUCCGGCCCGCCACCACCCAACCCACAAAAAAAAUCAUAAUUCGGCUCUCCAUUCUUCACCCCCUCCAGCGUCAACCUUUGCUUGCUUCCCUCGCCACAAGCGAAGCAGUUCUUCUUUCUCGGCGCCAUCUUCAAAGCACGGAAAGUGAAGGGCGACAGGAAAGAAGUCAGCGAGUACGAGUACAGCAGCAACGUAGGUUCCACCACGGGCGCGGCCCGCGGCACCCCUUGAGCUGGCGGAGAGGUAGUAGUAGUAGUAGUAGUAGGAAUGUGAAGCGCAGAAGCCAGAAUCUUGAUGGCCUCCCCCGCCUGCGCCACGCCCAUCAGUCCUACCACGGGACCCAAGAUGCCCGCUUCGCCGCACGAGAGCUGGGCGUUGGCUGGUGGCGGUUUCUUGAAGCAGCACCGGUAGCAAGGCGGGUAAGGACCGCCAUCGAGUUGACCCUGCGGCGUAGGCGGGCAGUUGAGGACAAUGAUUUGCCCCGAGGUUUGCACGGAAGCGGCCGAGACAAGCGGUUUGCAGAGGAGCACGCAGACGUCGGAGAUCAGGUAGCGGGUGGCGGGGUUGUCGGUGCAGUCGAGGAUGAGGUCGUAUUGUGAGAUCAGAUCGGCGGC